UUGCGUGUACACACGGAAGUGGGUUGUAACAUGUCGCUGACACAUUCUAGCAGCCACAUAACUUUAAUUUUCAGCUUGUAUGUAGAACAUUAGCGACACUUUGAGUUCCCCUGACUGAAACGUUGGACAACAACGCGGUGGAAACGUCUAAAAAAACAAUACUUACCGAAUGGUGACGGUCUAGGUGCACGUGCAGGCGGUUCGUGAACAUGUCUACAGGUUAUCCCACACCUGUUUACUCCCAUGCUGGACGAGGAGACUUCAGAGACGUUUACGAGCCGGCGGAGGACUCUUUUCUCCUGAUAGACGCCCUGGAGAAAGACGCAGACAGGCUGCAGCUGAUUAGCCCGUGUGUGUGUUUGGAGGUGGGCAGUGGCUCAGGAGUGGUGUCAGCUUUUCUGGCAUCAGUGGUUGGACCUUCAGCUCUGUAUCUCUGCACUGAUGUGAAUCCUGCAGCAGCACAGUGCACAGCGAAGACAGCUUCCUGUAACAACGUUUCACUGCAGCCCAUCAUCACAUCCCUGGUGGAGAGUCUUCUGCCUCGUUUAAGUGGGAAAGUGGAUGUUCUUCUCUUCAACCCUCCCUAUGUGGUCACACCUUCAGAAGAGGUUGGCAGCACAGGUAUAGAGGCUGCCUGGGCCGGCGGGAAGCGAGGACGAGAGGUGACCGACAGAUUGCUGCCUGUGGUGGUGCAGUUACUGUCUAGUAAAGGGUUAUUCUACCUCAUUACCAUCGCUGAGAACGAUCCAGAGGAGAUCAUCUGUUUACUGGGCAAAUGUGGCUUGAGGGGAGAGUCAUGCUUGUCGACGAGAGCUGGAAAUGAGAGGCUGUCCGUCCUGCGCUUCCAAAGGACGUGACAAACAUGGACCUCUCCUGACAGGAUUACAGGACCUUUGAACUGACUGGGAAACAGGACAGUAUUUCCUACAAGGAAGAAAACUGCAAGAGAUACAUCAGACAGUUGGUGUGAAAAACAUUUUCUGAUUGAAGUGAUGCACCAAAAAAACACAGCUUGAGUAACAAACUUGAAGGUUGUCUAUGUGACAGAAUGAUAACAUAAGUUUGGGAUGUUUGAACAGUAAAAAGUUAAUAUUUUGACCUAA